AUGUUUCAAUUACGAUCAGAUUGUAGUUUCCAUGUGACCGACUUCGCUGGACUUCUUGAUCAUAUAUCACCUCUUAUUGGUAUUAUGCUUAAAGAAGCAAUUGAUUUAUUUGUUCAACGUGAAUUAUGUGCUGUUGAACCAACAGUUACUUAUGAACCAUCUCAAGUAAUAGAGGCAUUAUUAAGAUGUAAUAGUGAUCAAGUUAUGAAUAAAACAGUUAUUCGUAUAACUUUAUCCGAUCAACCAUUAACUAUUAAUAAAAAACAAUCUAAUAGUUUAUUAAAAGUUGUAAGUGAUAGUACAAUGUUUUCACCAGAAGUCUGUAAUCAAGGAACAAUUUUAAUAUCUGGUAGUUUUGGUGGUCUUGGUUUAACAAUGUCUCGAUGGAUGAUUGAACAACGAGGCGUUAAACAUAUUGCAUUGAUGAGUCGUCGAACAUUAAUUGAACUUGAACAACCUUCGAAUCUACAAUAUGAUGAAUGGUUAAAAUUAAAAAGAAUAAUAAAAGAAUCUAAUGUUGAUGUUGAUGUUGUUCAAGCAGAUGUAAUAAAUUUUGAGCAAGUUUAUAAUUUAAUAGAAAGAUUUAAUAAAAGUUGUUAUCCUAUUCGUGGUAUUAUUCAUAGUGCUGUUGUUGCAGAAGAUCGUACUUUAAAUAAUUUAACACAAGAACAUUUAUCACUUGUUUUACCAGCAAAAGUUCGUGGUGCUUGGUAUCUUCAUCAAGCUACACAACUUCUUCAUGCACCUAUUCAUUUCUUUAUUAUGUUUUCAUCAAUUCGAAAUCAUUUACUUGGAGUUGCAUUUGCUGGUUAUAAUGCUGGAAAUCAAUUUCUUGAUGCACUUGCUCAUUAUCGUUUUGAAAAACUUAAUUUACCAGCACUGUCAAUUAGUUUACCAGCUGUAAGUGGUGCUGGAAUGUUUCAUCGUCAUAAAGAAAUGCUCAGUACUUUGAAAGAGACACAAGGUUUUGAAUUAAUGCCAACAAUAACUGUAUUUGAAUUAAUUGAAUGUUUUCAUCAAACUCAAAAGAUUUGUCCAUGUCCGGUUAUUUUUACUGUUAAUUGGAAAACAUUACAUCGAAAUUAUCCAACAUUAGCUACAUCUUAUUUAAGAAAAAUAGUUGAUCAACGUUAUAAAGAAAUGAAAUUUGAUCAAAUAUCAUCAUCAUCAUCAGGAAAAAAUAAUUCCACUGAGUCUACUAUGAAUAAAAAAGAAACUAUUAUUGAACGAACUCAAUCAACUGUUGCACGAUUAUUAGGUGCAGCUAGUGUUGAUCGUAUAGUUAUUGACCGUUCACUUGUUAGUCAAGAUAUGGAUUCAUUAGCUGCUGUUUCAUUAUAUAAUUGGUUAGGUCAAGAAACUGGCAUUUAUAUACCAUUAGUUGAUCUUCUUCAAGGACUUUCAGUUGAAACAAUUGCAACACUUGUUUAUAGUAAACUUAAUGAAAAAGAACAAACAACAUCAUCAGCUACAAAAGAACAUGAUUCAGAUUUUGAUUUAGUUAAUAGAAAUGAAGCUCAAUAUUCUAAUACAUCAACAUACACUGAUCCAUCAUCAAUCAAACGUAUUCGUUCAAUUUUAUUCACAUUAAUUGAACAACAUAGUGUUCUUCGCACUGUUGUUCGUUUUAAUCCACAAAGUAAUCAAAUCGAACAAUACAUUCAGGCCGCUACCGAUACAAUUUAUUCAUUUCAACAUUCACGAAAUAUUAAUACAUCAGAAGAGCUUGAUCGAUUACUUACCAAGGAAUCUACAGGAAAAAUUUUCGAUUUUAAAAAAGGAAAAGUCUUAAGUUUUCAUCAUAUUGCAUUUGACAAUAGUUCACUUAUGGCAUUUAUAAAAGCAUUCAAACAAAUUGAUUUGGCCAAUGAGCAACAACCAAUAUUAUCAGCUCCACAAUAUAUUGAUUUUGCAUUAUAUGAACAAACAUUGUUAGCUGAUACAAAUAUAGAUUCAAAAAUGAAUAAAGCACUACCUCAUGAAAAUAAAAUUGAUCAAAUUCAUUCUGGUCGUGCUUAUUCAACUGCAUUUAGUUUUGAUCAAAAUAUUGUUGAUGCAAUGAUUUCUUUUGCUUCAUCAAAUGAUCUAACAAUGUUUUCAUUAUCUCUUGCUUGUUAUUAUGUAUUUUUAUAUAAAUUAAUUAAUAUGGAUGAUGAUGAUUUAUGUGUUGGAAGUGUUAUAGCUAAUCGAACAAAACAAAAAAUGAAAGAUAUGAUUGGCAUGUUUGUUAAUCUUGUACCAUAUCGAAUGAAAAUGGAAGCAAAUAAUUCAUUUGAAUAUCUGAUACGAAAAAUACAACAAUUAUGUAGUGAUGUUCUAAAACAUUCUUGUUUACCUUAUCAACAUAUUAUUAAUUUACAAGAUCAACAAAAUUAUCAAGUAUUACCUUCAACAUUAUUUCAAUAUGAAUCUUUAGUAUCAUCAGUAACAACAAAAAAUAAUCCUGAAGUUGGUGCUAUUGAAGAAAAUUCUGUUCCUAUUAUUUAUUUUGAUCGAGAUCGAUCACAUGAUAAUGUUAUUCAUGAACCAAUCUAUAAAUUAUCCAUUGUUCUUCCAACUGAACAAGAAUUUAUUCAUCAAAUGAAUAAUACAAAUAUAUCUACAUCUUAUUCAUGGCCAAAUACUGUUCACGAAUGUUUUAUUCAACAAGCUCAAUUAUAUCCACAAAAAUUAGCUCAUGAACUCGAUGAACAAUCACUUACUUAUAGUGAAUUAUUAUAUUCUGUAUAUUAUUUAACAAAUUAUUGA